AUGCUGCCCACUCGUCUACGGCGUCGCAUGCUGAGAAGGACGACAGCUCUGAAACUGCGAAGCUGCACCACAAACUCUUUCGCUUCAGAUACAACCAGAAGUGCUGUUCGUGUACGCUAUGCUCCAAGCCCCACGGGAUAUUUGCAUCUGGGCGGGCUGCGCACUGCACUUUUUAAUUAUCUGUUUGCCAAAAGCUCUGGCGGACAAUUCAUCCUUCGUAUCGAGGAUACUGAUAAAACACGACAAGUAGAGGGUUCGGUGGAAGCACUUGUGAACAGCCUCAAGUGGUGCGGUGUCGAGGAAGACGAGGGUCCUAAUGUUGGUGGACCGUACGGUCCGUACAUCCAAUCUCAGCGUCUUUCAAUAUACCGAGAUGCGGUUAAGAAGCUAGUCGAGAGUGGACACGCAUAUCGCUGCUUCUGUACUAGUGAACGACUGCAAAAGCUGCGUGAAACGCAGACGCGUCAUGGUGAGGCAACAAUGUAUGACCGUGCAUGUCUAGGUUUGAAUGACGACGAGGUGAAAGCGCGAGUUGGUCGCGGAGAUUCAUUUGUGAUCCGAUUGAAAAUACCCGAGGGAAAGACGGUUGUUAAGGACUUGCUCCGUGGAUAUGUUCAAUUCGACCACACCGGCAUUGACGAUCAGGUUCUGAUGAAGAGUGAUGGUUACCCGACAUAUCACCUCGCGAACGUGGUGGAUGAUCAUGCCAUGCGCAUUUCCCAUGUUAUCCGCGGUGAGGAGUGGCUGCCGUCGACUCCCAAGCAUGUGAUCUUGUACAAGGCAUUGGGAUACGAGAUCCCAGUCUGGGCACAUUUGGGUCUUCUUCUGAAUGAAAAUCGCUCCAAGUUGUCGAAGCGUCAGGGGGAUGUCGCUGUUGAAGAUUUCAGGCAUAAAGGAUUUCUUCCGAGUGGAUUAGUCAACUUCGUUGCUAUGUUAGGCUGGAAUCCUGCCGAUGGUAACAAUCAGGAAAUUUUUCAGAUGAAAGAACUCGAAGAGCAAUUCUCGAUCGAUAACGUGAACAAGGCGGGCUCUGUUGUAAAUAUUGAUCGUCUUCGCUGGAUAAAUUCGCGCCAUGUGCGCGCACUAUUUGCAGAAGAAAAUAUUUCCGAAACGCGAAAAAUAGCUGUUUUGAAUGACGUGCUCCCGCUUAUGUCUUCGUCUUUGGAAGCGGCAGGAAUACCAACAACUCCAGCUGACCUUUUCAAAAAGUUUGGUGUGAGAUAUGUGUGGCGAGCAUUGGAUCUUAUGAAGGACCAAAUCACAGAAUGUAUCAAGGCUGUUGCAAAAAGCCGAAAUUUAGGGCUUAAAAAGGUCCUAAUGCCAGUACGUUACUACCUGACGGGCAUGGAUGGACGUGUCACUGUGAAUAUAUUUUUUCAUGUUACGUUAAGUAAUAAAAGCCUCGCGCAGCCUGCCUGGGAAUAUUACCUUCGAUUUAACCUGUUGGUUCGUGACAAGAUUUUUUUCUGA